CAGAGUGGGGCAAAUUAAAAAUCGCACCAUUCCAUUUCCGAGUCACCAGCGCAAUGCCCAUCAAAUGGAUAUUGCACUGGCAGCCAAACCCGGGCACCACUGUGAACAGCCAAAUCCUCUCGGAAGUUUCUCAGUGCGCUGAGAGCAUCAAUGGUGUCAAGGACGGACGCUGGAAGUCAACUCUCAGCUUCUACAAAGCCAUGGGUAGAGAACAAACGAUCGGGAAUGAAUUUCCUCGUGAUUUUGUGGGGAUUUCCCUAGCGGAGCAGCCCAGUAAAUAUUUCUUAGUAAUUAGAGGGCAGCGCCUUGUGGUCGAAGCUGAGACAAGUAUCCAGGCCAUUAUGGAGAAACUCCAAUCUUAUAAAACUAGGGUUGCCCUUAAUUUUGAGGGGAAUCAGUAUCAACUCGGUGAUUUUCAGUUGCGAGUAGGGAAGGUGGUUCCGAUGCACUCUGAAAGUUUGAGGGGUAUCGUUAUGGAGAUGGAGUAUCUACCGAUUUCAUCAUGGGAAAAAUCACAUCAAAUGAUGGGCGAUUUCUUUGAUCUGUGGCAAGAAGCUCUGUCGAAAAGAUCUUUAUCAGGUCACUUUGUACACAACGAACCAAACUUCAGAGAGUAUGGCCUCACGGACCAAUAUUCAUUUCAACACACAGCAGUUCAGUAUGCUAGUAUCACUGCUCAAAUGAUUGCAACUUCUCAGGGAGCUAAUCAGCAGAGAUAAUCAAUCCAAUCCUCCGUUGUUAAUUAAUCAGAGUUCGGUAUGAUUGAUCCAGACUAUUAUUUGGUUAUAAUCCUCCCUCUAUGCUUCUUUUCAUCCUGAUGUCCCGUGUGUUGAAUGGAAAAUCGAGUUCUAUUUGGGGUCAGUAACUAAUAUUUGUCGAACAAAAAUAUUGCUGCCUCGUAUUUUGAUAAUGUGACUUCUAAUAUUUCUUCAUUAUUGUGAUUUGUUUUAUAGUCUUAAAUCAC